GGCACAAAGUUCACACUGCACGCAAGUUCUAACACAUUUGAGAAGCGAUUAGUGAGUGCACACUGGACUGGUUUUAGUGGAAACAUGUUUGCAUCACCUGUGACUGCCAUCACCUUACUGUGUUUCUGUUUGCUUCAUCCUACUUUGGGGCAGGACUGUCCGAGCAGGCAAGAAAUUCAAGGGUCCUUGAAGCAGGUCCAGAAGCUUCUGUCAGCCCAUGAAGCCUCCUACAUGCAGAGUCUGCGCAACCUAAAGAAGAAAAUAAAUUUACUGCUGAGCAGUGCUGCAAGGCAGAACACAAAAGCCAUCAACAGUACCUGCCCCAAACUGGAGUCCCUCAUUAAUGGGAGGAAACUUGGCAAAUCGCACAGCAUUGGCCAUGAGAUUCACUUCCUGUGUGACCCUGGUUAUGAACUCGUGGGAUCAGAGAGCAGGGUUUGUCAGGAAAGCCUGACCUGGAGCAGCCAGCAACCAACCUGCCGAGACAUCAAUGAGUGUGCAUCCUCCCCUUGUCUGAAUGGUGGGACGUGUGUUAAUGAGGUGAACCAGUUUUCCUGUGUCUGUGCCAAAGGCUGGGCUGGAGUUACCUGUCAAAGCCCUGUGCCAACAUUCUUUGUCACCAUGACAAACACCUCUGCCGCCACCUCCCCAUCCACAGCUGCUGCUGCAUCCACUUUACCAGCUGCCAACACCGGGCCUCAUGUUCGCCCAUCACAGUGCACUAUAGUGCAGGGGACCACCCACUGCACCUGUGAGCCAGGAUACACCAUCUCUGGCAGAGACAGCUACACCUGCACUGAUAUUGAUGAAUGUGAGCUGUUUCAUAACGGACAGGCUGGGAGGUUGUGUUUACACGCUUGUGUUAACACCCCUGGAGGCUAUCGCUGUUCCUGUCCUGCGGGAUACAACGUGACCCGUGACGGACGCAGUUGCAAAGAUAUUGAUGAGUGUGCUACGAGGCAAAACAACUGCACGAAGGACCAGAUGUGCAUUAAUACAUAUGGUGGUUUCCAGUGUGUUCGUGUGGACUGCCCCAAAAUUCCUAAUGCUACAUAUGUCAAAACGUCACCUACGCGCUGUGAACGUAACCCCUGCCCUGUGGACAACAAGGUGUGCUCUCAGGCCCCAAAUUCCUUCUCCUACCAUUACUUGGCUGUUGUUUCCAACCUGUCAGCUCCCCGCGUCAUGUUCAGAGUGUCAGCACUGCGCCCGAUAGGUGACACCCUUCGUUUCUCCCUGCUAGGCGGAAGGCCAGUUCGCCGCCACUUCACAGUGCAGCGCUCAGACCGCCUCACGGGCGAGCUGAUGCUGGUGAGCCCUGUGCAGGGCCCUGCCACUCUGGAGGCAGAGGUGGAGAUGAGUGAGCUGGAGAGGCGAGUGCAGCUGGGGAAAUACAUCACCAAAGUCACUAUGUUUGUUUCCCAGUAUGAAUUCUAAGAAAAAUCUAUUUAUUGUGCAAAAAAAUAGAAAUGCAUGUAGAAAAUUGGUACAUGUAGCAAAGAGUAACAGCACUUGACUUGAGGAUACUUGCAAUAAGCUGGAAAGACUAAAGAAUGACAGCCCGUCCUGAAAUAAAGCAUUAUUUUUGUAAUAGUGCCUUAAAAUUUAUAUGCACGUAAUCAUUAUGCCUACGGAUGUUUUGGUUUAUAAUUAUGUUUUAUUGAUUCUAGUUUUGGUACUCUUUCUGUGAUAAAACUAUAAUACCUGUAUU